GGGCGGCAAGGGGAUGUGGGGCAAAAAUUGCGUGGACACAGCAAAGUCCCGCCUCUUCCCGUUUUAAAACCCCCUUCUCACACAUUUUUUCCCGCCUCUUACCUCUCUCCUUCUAAAACACUUCCAUUCCCAUCAUCAAAACUCAACCCCUCUCUCUCUCUCUGUAAAAUUCCUGAAACACCAUCGAGAUCUCAGAGAUGCACACGGGAUUGAGAAACUACACCAGGAGGGAGGAGAGACUCCACAAAUACCUCAAACCAGGGGCUCUAGCAAAGAUAAGAGACCGCAAGAUCCAUGCCAGGACCCAACUCUUUUUUCCAUCUAAAUUACAACUCCUUUUCCCGUCUGAACUACGGCUCGGAUCGUCUUUUAAUGGCAUUGAUCUUGCGGUUCAGACGAUUAAUAACAGCAAUCUUGAGAAUAAUAACAAUGGCGGCCACGGGUUGAUGGCUAUUGAGGACGUCCCGUGUUUCUCGUCAUCUGUUAGGGGUUUUGGGCCUCGCUUUCCUCAGAGGAAGAAGCUGAUUGCAUCAAAGGCGGUUUUUGCCCUUCCUCCACCUUUGAGCCCUGUUGUUUCACCUGAGCCUAGAGCUCCUGAAUCUAUGAUUAAUGUUUUUGGUACAGAUCUCGUUAUUGCACACUGAAAUUUUAAUGGAAAACAGUUUCUGUUUACUGUUAUUAUAAUGGCUUGUAUUGAUGGAUCCAUGCUGCUUUCUUCCUUUCAUUCCUUUCUU